GCCGCCGGUCGGCUGGAGCGAACGUGUCUCCGCACCCGUCAGGGCCGAUGUGUGAUUCCGGUAUGUUGAUGUCGUGAAUUGGAACAAAAAUGGACUUUCAGAGUGCUAUGGAGACCUUCGCCGAGGCAUGGGCAGCCGCUAACACGGCCAAGUCUGAAGUACCCAGCGAUCUGUCGCAGGAACGCGUUUCUCUCUUGAAUUGGAGCAUGCUGAAAAAGACGAGUCUGUCAUCAGAUUUGCGCCGCAGUAAGACACCACCACGACGAUCGCCAGAGGAGCGGGCGGUGCCGCGGCCGCCCUCCGCGCCGGUACACGAUCGACCUUCGCUCACACCGCACACACCUCACCUGUCGCCAAAGAAGGAGGCCUUCAACAACCUCCUCAAUAAAGGAAUAACAGGUAAAACCUUGCCUGUGCAUUGUGUGGUGGAAGCCGUUGCGUCAUUGGAAGAAGGUGUUUGGAGGCGAAGGGCAGUUGUUGAAACUGACAGCUAUGUCAUCAUUCCCGCUGCUACCGCCUUCCAUGAACUCGUGCCAGCGGCCAUGAUGCGACUUGGAUACCCCCACGAGCUAGCUGCUUCUGCGAAAGGUUCAGUGGUAAUUAAUAACUGGAAGCCGUUGCCGUUCGAGCGCAUAUCCGAUGGGCCUUUAGCCACUGUCGGUGAAGUGUUGGGUGAGUUGACGACCGUGGCCACCCUUAGGAUCCAACUGUUACGGCCGAGACCCACACCCUUGCAGGAUAUCAAGGACAAACUCCUGAGACUUUUGCUACUCCAGAGCAGACCCUUGUUGAUGUCGACUGGAUGUCCUUUAGAUGAGGUAACGUUAACUCAGAUUUGUCGUGGACAAGAUAGGUCUUCGGGUCCUCAUAAUUUUCAUGAACCGACAGAGGAAACUCGUCGUAAAUUUGAAUCUUGGUGGAGUGCCCAAGUUUCACCUCGCCCCCCACCAUUCAGUCCGCGGCGCUACCCAUCUCCAGGUCCUAAAAAUCGAUCCCCUACACUUAACACCAUCCCAGAUCAUCUGCACCCAGCACUACAGACCGUUCAAAACCAAUAUCCAACACAAAAAACUAGAAUGAGAACAAGUUUUGAUCCCGAACUAGAACUACCAAAGUUACAACGAUGGUUCUCUGAAAAUCAACACCCUAGUAGGCAGCAAAUCCAACAAUAUGUCAGAGAGUUAAAUAAUUUAGAAUCAAGACGGGGACGAAAGCCCUUAGACGUCAAUAAUGUCGUUUACUGGUUUAAAAAUGCAAGAGCGGCUCAAAAACGGGCUGAGUUACGUAAUAUUGGAGGGAUAGGGGGACAUCUUGGUGUCAAUGGCUUUAAUAGCAGAAGUCACAGUCCAUCGAAUGGAUCACUUAUGGCUGGUAAUGAUAACUAUAGUUCUCAUGACCAUAAUUCUUUGAAGAGUCCCAUGCAAUUAUCAGGAAGCCCUGGCAGAUACCCAAUGUCAGUCAUGUCUGAAGACAAUCUGUCAAACCCCGGAUCUGAUUUGGAAGAUGACGGUGGUGACUUGAAUAAUGAAGAAAGACCAGAAAGUCCAGAUGCUCCACUUUCCCUUAUUACUACAAGAAAAAAUAAUAAUGAGAAUGACAGGGAGGAUGCACCAAAAGAAUCUCCGAAACCUCCUGAUAUAAUAAAGGUCCAUGAUAUCAAACAAGAGCCAAAGGACUUAAGCAAACAAGAACAAGUGCACUCACCUCAGCGUUCACCGACCAAAAAUAGUGACAGCUCUCACAAUAAUAAUAAUAACAAUGAAGAUGAAAAUGGAGGCGCCGAAGAUCAUGACAUUCCUUCGGAUGAAGAAGUCGUUCAAGAGCGUCAUUACAGACCAUCGUCUCCUCAUCUCGACCGUUUACCGUUUCCAAUGGUACCGAAUCAUCCCAUGUUCGGUCACGGUAUAAUGUACAUGAGCCAAUACAUGGGAGGAUUCCCAGGUGUAGGGGGUGUUCCAGGCGAAGGGGCUAGCGGCUUAAAUUUAGCCCUAGCAGGCGCGUCUGACGAGCGCCGCAAACGCAAUCGUACCUUCAUAGACCCCGUCUCUGAGGUUCCCGUGUUAGAGCAGUGGUUUUCAAUGAACACACAUCCUUCGCACAAUCUGAUACUUAAAUAUACAGAAGAGUUGAACAGGAUGCCAUAUAGGCAAAAAUUUCCACGACUGGAAUCUAAAAAUGUUCAGUUCUGGUUCAAGAACCGUCGGGCUAAGUGCAAGAGGCUGAAGAUGUCUCUUUACGAGCCGACUUCACCUGGUCAUUACUCCCAUCCCGGUCAUCCACACGCAAUUGCUGAAAGAAAAUUGGUGUAGGCUGACAUCGAAGUUGCAUAUUAUAAUAGAGUGUGUAACAAUUCUCCUGUGUGUUUGGUAAUAAGUGUUGGAACUGUGUACUCACGAAACUCACAUGAAAGACUGAAUUCGGUUAUGGUGAAAAGUGCCAUGUUAGUGCUAUGUGGGAUUGUUUACGACAUCUGAUGAAAGUGUACUUUAAAAGAUAUAGAAGUCAAACUGUUCGUGUAGUUAAAUAUAGUAAUAGGUUUGCUUUAUAUGUAAAAAUAUUAUUGCAAUAUAUAAUAACAAUAUAUUCGUAAAUACACGUUACAAAGUAGAUGAAUCUCAAAUGUACUAAUCAGUACUCCUGUUUUGUAUAUUAUAAUUUUUAAGUUUUAUUUAUUAAUUAUUUCCAUAGAUUUAAAUAAACUCUGUAUAUGUUAGGGAGGUAAGGAUUAUAAAAAAAAACAUUCAAUAUGUUAAAAUAUUUGUACAACUUAUACAAAAAAGAUCUAUAAAAUAAAAAAUAAUAUAAGUUUAAAAAAAAAAUACGAAUAAUUGACGAGUCAUUAAGUUAUUAAGAUAAAAAAAAAAUAUAUAACACAUCUAAAUGUAUAUACUGUCUCAGCCUUGGAAGGGCUACAUUAUCACUUAGUACGUGUAUGUAGAAUAGAUAAGUGAUGAAGAUUUAUAUUUACGCACAUUCCUUCUCAUAAUAAGUAGAUAUUAAUCAUUCAAUCCAAAGAUUGAUUAUAUAUUAAUUAUAAAGCUGAUUCACACUAGCGCACUAAGCCACCGGUCCUACUGAGCAAUGUGAUACAGCAAGAUAAUGAAAAGAUCCAAAACUCUUGAUAACGAGAUUUCUUAUUGUAAUAAUGUAUAGGCCUGUCAGACAUCGCUUAGUUCAACUAGACAUUGUAUAAAAGUAACUGUUGCAGUAUUUGUGCAUUUAUCAAUUGAGGCUGUUCUUACAAUAGCGGUUUCUUGUUUUAUAGUUUUAGACACUAGUGGUAACCGCUGGCGAAUUGUUUUGUUAUUCUAUGUUAUGCUUGUUUUGUGAAGCUGUGAUGAUUCCAAAUAAUGUAAAUAUUUUAUUGAUGUUAAAUAAGGUUUUUAUCAUAAAGCAAACGUCACUGAGCUCACAAGAAUAUUAAGCAUUCAUUGCUUAGGUAUUGAGAAUAAUUGGCUAAAUGUGUACUCCAUUCAAUUAUAUAAACGAAAAUUUAAUGAAUAUAGUACGAUAUUGAA